GCAUUAGAGUCAUAAAGAACGCUUGAACUAACGCAGAUUCUUACCAAAGCCCUCUUCAGGGCCUGGGAAUCUAUUCUAACAAGCUCAUCUUGUGGUACUGAUGCUCACAGGCAUUAAGACUAGAUUUUGGUAGGGUAGUGGUUUUCUGGGGCACCCACUUACUCUAGAAGUAAAGGUUAAGGCAAGGUGGGAUGGGAAGUGUGUCAUUACUUACAAAAUACUUUGGGGUUCAAAACUGAGACCGAACAUCAUGUGUUGGGAGUCAGAAAAUGCUUCACAGUGCUUGAGAUGAUUCUUAAAAAGAGCUCUGUUGUGUGGCUGAAACACAGGGAAUAAAGAGAAGGAGAUAGGAAGGGAGGGGCAUGGGGCCACCUGAGUCCUCAGUGUGGGCUGAGUUUCUUAAGGCAGAAAAGGAGUGAGAAAAGGUGGCCAAGCAGGCUGGAGUAGCACCCAUGGCAGAGGACUGGAUGGUAUUUAGGGGACUAAUUUUUAUUAAAGUGUUCAUCAAGUGUUGGGUCAUGUGUCAGACAUGUUACAAGGAAAUUGAACCAAAUGGUUGGACAAGACAGAUAUUAUCUUUCCCUAGUGGGGUUUUCAUCUAGUACUGGAAACAGACAUUCAACAACUGAACACAAAUAUAUCACUAUGAGAUGUGCUAUGUGCUUGAAGGAAAAGAAUAGGGAGGCCAGAACAAUGGGCAGGGUGUGUCCAUUGGGUGUGUCCCUUGAGUUAGGAAGGCCUCACAGAGCAGGGCCCCUUAAGGCUGGAAUCAACCAUGCACAGAGUGGUGGGGAAAUGUGGUUUUUGGCAGAAAGAAUACCUGGUAAACAGGCUGAGAUGGAGCAGUUUGAAAUCCUUGAGGCUAGAGAGAAUUGAGCAGAUUGGAGAAAGAGCAAAAGCAGCUUGGCUGACAUAUAGUGAUUAGAGAGUUUCCCAUGGCCAGCGCAGGCCUUGCAGGCAGUGGUGGUGAAGCACUCAGAAUUUAUUUGCAGUCCGACAGUAAAUCAUUGAAAGGUUUAAAGUGAGAGAGUGCUAGAGUCUGAUUUACAUGUUUAAAAGAUUUGGAGAACCAAUCAGAGGACAGCAAGGAUACCAACAGAGACCAGCCCAGAAGCCACUGGAGGUCCAGCUGUGAGAUGGUGAUGGUGGCUUGGCUGAGGGGGAAAGAAGUGGUGGAAAUGGUCCAAUUUAGAAGAUGAAAGAGAGGGAGAUUUCUGGUUUAUGCACCUGGUUAGGUGGAGGUGCUGUUACUCAGAUAAGAAACACUGAAGGAAGGGACAGAUUGAAGGAGGUCGGUUUUGGACACUGUUGCUUCUGAAAUGACUGGGAGACAUCUGAGUGGAGAUACCAAGCAGGUAACUGGGGAGCUCAGGGAGAGAGAUCUGGCCUCAAGUUUAUUUCACAACCCUCUCUGGUCAGUCUUCUAUCCCACCUCUUCCCCAUUCAUGGGAAAGAAUCCAUGAAUCACUAUGAUCUCAUUUGCCAGACCCAGUGGAUGGUUUUCAGUCUCAUCUUCCUCAGCCUCUGCAGCAUUUGACACAGUUGGCCACACUGUGCUCAAAAACAUCCUAUUUCUUCGGUGACACCACUCUCCUGGUCUUCUCUCUGUAUGGCUGCUUUACCAGAUUCUUGUCUACCUGGUUUAACCAAAUUUUAAUUAAAAGAGAACUCAUAUGUAAAUGUAUACAUACUUUAAUUUCACCUUUUAAAAUGUCUAUUUUUGUGUAUAUUUUAUAAACGUGGAUAUCUGUAUAGUAUCCUGUCAGUGGAUACGUAAUUUUUGUGAAGGGGUGCAUUCAAAAAAGUGCAGACCAUUCAGCUGAGUGAGAUAGUUUCUAGGUAAUUGGCCCUAUAGCUUUAAUUACAACUUGCAUACUUCUUUUUAUUUGGCCGUACCAGGUCUUAGUUGUGGCAUAUGGGAUCUAGUUCCCCAAGCAGAGACUAAAGAACCCAGGCCCUCUGCAUUGGAAAUGCAGAGUCUUAGCAACUGGACCAUCAGGGAAGUCCCUCCAUACUUUUAAAUCCAGAAUUUAUCUCUGACCCUAGUCCGUGCUAAACUCCAUACCCCUGUAGCAUCUACAGUGUAUCAUAGUGUUCAGUGGAGACCUGUAGGAAUUAGGUGAUGAGGAGAGAAAGGGGCAUCUUCCAGACCAGGGCAAGUGCUUUGGAGGCAAGAACCCCAUGCCUUCGAGACUGGAAAGGAUUCCUGGUGGCUGGCUUAAAGAUCAUGAGAUGGUCAGCAGUGAAAGAUGAUAACAGAUGGGGCCAAAUGAUGGAUUGCCUUGUGCUGAGGGGUUGGACUCUUCUGAGGGUAAUGGGGGGUGUGGUGGCUGGAGCAUUUAUAUCCAGAGGGGAGGCAUAAACUGAGGUGUAUUAGUAGAGGAUCAAAAUAUCACUUGAUUGUAAAGAUGAGGGGAUAUCCUUGGCAGUCCAGUGGCUAGGGCUCUGUGCUUUCAAUGCUGUGGGCCCAGGUUCAAUCCCUGGUUAGGGAACUAAGAUCCCACAAGCUGUAUGGUGUGGCCAAAAAAAUGAAGAGUAAAAUAAGGCCUCAGGAGAUCUCCAGAGUGCCAGUGGCAGAGCCAACAUUGGAUCCCCAGGCUCCUACCUCCCAGUCCAGUGCCCUUCAUCUAAGGCAGCAUUUGGAGUGCAGGGAACCUCUGGGCAGAGGACACCCUGACAGUCCAUAGACUGUAUCCCUAUUACCUUUGCUUUUAUCCUCCAAGUGGGUCAGACUCUUGAGGAACCAAGCUAAACAAGGCCCACGUGGUAAUUGGUAAUUACUGCACAUUGUGUCCACUUCCCACUGAACAGUCCUACUAGACAGUGGAAAGUGAAGCUAUGAGAGGUGAAGCAACUUGCCCUAUAUCCUACAGCCAAGACUGGGGAAGCUGUGAUUCAAACUCUCUUCUGUCCAAUUCCCAAAGCUAAGAUUUUUUUCUUUGUAUGUACCAAGAAACUCAAGAUUUCAGCAGUGAAAUCCUUAAUUAACAGACCCUUUAAUUUGAUAUAGUGUGUUCAGGUUACAAGUAGAUACUGAACUUGUUUUGCCUUUGGGGACUGGUAAGACUCAUUUGCUGAGUUCAGCAUGCAUAGUUCACCAGAGAAGGAGACUAGAUUAUCCUGGUAGUAAGUCAAUUGGAAAAUCAGAGUGCUUGGAGCUCAGGAUGGAAUGGGCAGGCAGGAAAUGACCAAGCAAUAAGAGUGAAGGGCCUCCUGGACCAAGUCUGAGUCAGCUUUAACUUCCCUUUUCCUUAUGUCCUAUAUCCAAGCUAUCAUGAAAUCCUGUUGGCUCAAAUACAGAACUUGAAACUGACCAUUUCUCACCACCUCCAUUGCUACUAACCUGACAGCUGGUCCAAGCCACCAUCAAAUCUCAUCUAGCUUUUUGCAAGAACUUCCCUUGAGUUCCCUGUUGAAUUCUCAAAAGGUUCCUAUGUCUGUACCUCACUUCAGAUGUGUGCUUGUGCUUAGCCACUCAGUCAUGUCUGACUCUUUGUGACCCCAUGGACUGUAGCCCAUGGGCCUACAGAGGACCUGUCCAUGAGAUUCUCCAGGCAAGAAUACUGGAGUGGGUUGCCAUGCCCUUCUCCAGGGGAUUUUCCCAACCCAGGGAUCGAACCUGGUCUCCCACAUUGCAGGUGGAUUCUUUACUGUCUGAGCCACCAGGGAAGCCCUUACUUCAGAUAUUCUAAUGUAAUUGAAAUGAAGUAGGACCCAGCCAGAGGUUUUUUUAGUUUUGUUGUUUAGUUGCUCAGUCGUGUCUGACUACGACUCCAUGGACUGUAGCUCGCCAGGCUCCUCUGUCCAUGGGAUUUGUUUAGAUUUAAUAUGUAUUUAGCCAUGAUAAGUCUUAGUUGCAGCACCUGGGAUCAUCUAUCUUUGUUGCAGCAUGUGGGAUCUUAAGUUGUGGCAUUCGAACUGUUAGUUGAGGCACGUGAGAUCUAGUUUCCUGACCAGGAAUCAAACCUGGGCCCUCUGCUUUGGGAGCGCAGAGUCUUAGCCACUGGACCACCACGGAAGUCCCAGAGGUACUUUUUAAAGCACCCCAGAUGAUUUGAACUUGUGGCUAGGGUUGAGGACCACUCUUUCAACAUGUGAAUCUCAUGUCUCCUCUCUGGCCAAAUCCUCCAACACUUUGCCUUUCAUUCAGUAGAAGCCAGUGGACUACAGGGCCAUAUGUGAUCUGGCCUCCUGUGACCUCUUUCCUCAUUCUUUUCAUUGCAGCCACAAUGGCCUUGGGUUAAUUGAACAAACAAGAUACACUUCUACCUCUGGGCCUUUGCCCUUGUCCCCUCUACCUGAAAAACUCUUCAUUUAGCAAUCUGCAUGGCUUAAUCCUCAACCUUCUUUAGGUCUGUGCUCAACCAUCACCUUGGUGACACCUUUUUAGUUCACCCUCUUUAAAAUUGCAACUCCUGCUCACCAUUCUCCUUUCCCUGCUCUAUUUUUCCUUAAAGCACUUGUUACCCUCUGACUUCUGAUGUAUUUUAUGUACAUUGUUUCUUCCUGGGGAGAUUAGGAAUUUUGUUACUUUAAAAAAAAUGCUACAUACUUUUUUUUAUUGCCUGUCUGAAAUACAGUAGGGGCUCAUUAAAUCUCCGCUGAAUAACUGAAUUUCUGUAUGUGUUUUGGUGGAGGUUGGCGCAUGGUUUGGGCCAGGUAGAAUCUGAGGCCCUAAGGGAUACAGGAGAGAGGUCUGGCACUUGGGUUUGAAGCAGAUGAUGACUGAAGGUGUAGGACCAGCCCAGAGGAACAUGGACACAGGGACAGAGGAGCCGGCAAACCUGCUUCUCCCUAUGUUCAUCUUGCUGGGUGAGACCUCCAUCUGCCUGGUCACCAGACAGGCAACAGAAGUCAUCCUGGACUCCUCACCUCCGCAUCUCACCUCUCAAGCAAGUUCUCUUAUUAUUGUCUAAAUAUAGCCAAAGUCUGCCGCUUGCCGUCUGUCUACACUCACAGCCAUCCCCUCCCCCAGACUACUGGCAACAACCCAGUCUUAGGUGCCUCUGUUCUCCACCACGCAGUUUAAAUGGUUUUCUAAAAUAGCUGACUUCCCUCCGUCGUCGGAAAAUCAGUGGGCUCCUGCUGCCCUGGGGGGCCAAAGCCCAGCUCCCACAAGGCCUUCUGCGCAUGUGGCCCCGAUUCUUAUCUAAAAGGGCAUUUCUUGCCACUAAGCCUUUAAGCCCCCAAGGCGCAGGACCCCCUCACACCUCCUGGCCUGGGCUCAGGACUCCAAGCCGAGGAAAUGAUGCCUGUUGGGGAAGGCCUGCCUGCGUCCGGGCUGCCUACUCAGCCUCCUGAGCCUCGCCUCUCACACGCUCGUUACUGACACUGUCUGGCGGCGUGUCGCGUGGCUGGGGGCGCCUGAAGUAAGUAUUGUAAUGGCAAAGUGUCCGUGUGGGUCACUGCUGCGUCAGGUAGAGAAGACGGGCAAGGUAGCCCCAAGGAGGCAGAAGGGGAGCCAGGAGCCAGUCGGAAAAGCCAAUGGGUGAGAGUGUAGGGUGCUCGCUGCGUCAGCGAGGACCGAACCGCCCUCAGGAGGAGGAGCCUGGGGUCCAGCGCCGCGCGAUCGGCCCUCGCUCCCACUAAGGGUCACUGGUCAUUCUCCGCCCGCAGAACUGGCGGGGGUCGCAGGGCUAAGUCUCACCCGGCUGCCGUCCCAGGCGAGCUUCAGCAUCGGAGCGGAAAGGGCGGGGACGCCCGCCAAGCCACGGAGUGGGUGGCCUGAGCUCUGCGGCCCCACAGGAAAGCAAGCAGGCAUUCUUUCUGCGCAGGCGCGCCGCUCUGGCCGGGAGGGGCGGGGCCUGGACGGGUCGGGGGCGGAGUCACCUCUGGGCCCGCCUCCACUAGCUCCUCGGGCCGCCGAGUGCUGGGCACCCGGGAUAUUCUAGGGGCUUCAGGUGAGCAGGGGGAACAGAGGGAUCAGGAGACCUCCUUCGAGGUCGGGUCGUCGGUCUGACUGCAGGCCCAUCUGUCCUGCCGUCUGCCAACAGCCGCCUACGCGGAGAAUGGGAGAACAAAGGGAGGGGGCGGUACUGGGGCCCCUGCGGGAAUCCAGGGUCCCAGCGCCCCCGCCUUGCCCGCUGACACUUUCGGUUUCUCCCCGAGUCAGACGCGCCGCCCUAGAGACCCUGGGCCGGCGCUGGGCGCAGCUGCCUCUCCGCGUUUGCCUGUCGGUCUUUGUGUCUGUCUUUGUGUCUGUCUGCUGUCUUCGAGCUUGCCUCCACUUCUAGAACUAAACCUCUGGGACACCGACAUCCCGCGAAUCCUCGCCCCUCUCCCAUGGCAGGCUACUUGCCCCCCAAAGGCUAUGCCCCUUCGCCCCCACCUCCCUACCCUGUGACUGCUGGAUACCCGGAGCAGGCACUGCAUCCUGGGCCUGGGCCCGGCCAGGUGUCCGGGCCCGGGCAGGCACCAGUGCCUGUCCACGUGCCUGCCCCUGCGCCGGGCUUUGCUCUCUUCCCCUCGCCUGGCCCUGGGGCCCCGGGACCAGCUGCCCCCUUCUUGCCAUUGCCAGGGGUGCCUUCUGGCCUCGAAUUCCUGGUGCAGAUUGAUCAGAUCUUGAUUCACCAGAAGGCUGAACCAGUGGAAACGGUCUUGGGCUGGGAGACCUGUAACCGCUACGAACUGCGCUCCGGGGCUGGACAACCCCUGGGUCAGGCGGCGGAGGAGAGCAACUGCUGUGCCCGGCUGUGCUGUGGUGCCCGCCGGCCCCUGCGGGUUCGCCUGGUGGACCCCGGGGACAGAGAGGUGCUGCGCCUGCUCCGCCCCCUCCACUGUGGCUGCAGCUGCUGUCCGUGUGGCCUCCAGGAGAUGGAAGUUCAGUCUCCACCGGGCACCACCAUUGGCCAUGUUCUACAGACCUGGCAUCCUUUCAUCCCCAAGUUCUCCAUUCAGGACGCUGACCGCCAGACCCUCCUGAGAGUGGUGGGGCCCUGCUGGACGUGCGGCUGUGGCACAGACACCAACUUUGAGGUGAAGACCCCAGACGAAUCCCGCAGUGUGGGCCGCAUCAGCAAGCAGUGGGGGGGCCUGCUCCGAGAAGCCCUCACUGACACAGAUGACUUCGGCCUGCAGUUCCCGCUGGACCUGGACGUGAGGGUGAAGGCUGUGCUGCUCGGAGCCACGUUCCUCAUUGACUACAUGUUCUUCGAGAAGCGAGGAGGCGCUGGGCCCUCUGCCAUCACCAGUUAGAGGCCUUCUCUGGGUGAGGAGACCAUCAACUCAACCAGAAUUCAGGAUGGUCACUCGCCCUGGCCCCUGCUCAGAGGCAGCCCCUUUCCUCCGUGUAUACUGCAGGCGAGAGACAGGGAAGCCUGUGAGGCUGGGGGGCUUGGUGCCCCAUCCCUCCCCUGCUCCCCUGGCCUCCUUCACCCUACAGAAGGGUAUGUAUGAGAGCCCUUCCCCUGCUACUUCCCACAUCUCCAGUGGUCCCUCAGCAUGCAGGCAUAUCGGCUUUCAAAUGUUCCCUACCCACUUCCUCCCAAUCCCUUCCAGGGUCUCUGCUCCAGAUGAGGCCUUAGAAUGCAGGACUCUGGGGUUUUCUGACAGGGCUGGGGGUGGAAAGGCACCAAAGAUGGCAGACCUGGCCACCCUUUCCCUGCAUCCGCUUGGCCAAUUCAUUCAGCCUCAGACGAUGGCACUCUGAGGGCAUCCUACCUCCCCACUAGGGCCAGGACCCCAGUGCCAACUUCCUCUCCCUCAGCUGGUGCUUGCUGCAACUUCCUGUGCCUUAACCACCUGUUCCUUCCCUUGUCCCAGGAAGGAAGCUGUAUCUUUUUAUGUUACAUUCGUAUAAACUUUGUAACUUUUUGCA